UUCGUUAUUUGGACGAUGUCGUCGCGGUUGUCUCCCGAAGAGUGGGCGCAGUUCGAAGGGCUCGGAGGCGGAAACCCCUCCAGAAUAAGGCGAGAGCUGUCGAUUCGGCCGCCGCGAGGAUCCGAGCUAGUAGAAGCGAUGGCGCUGAGCCCCCGGACCGCCGCCCUUCAUGGCGUCGCGCCGCUUCCUCGCUUAAGGCUCCCCUCGUUGACUUCCUGCGGCUCCCGUCGCGUGAAUGUCCGCGCGAAAGUAGAACCCUCUGAAAAGUCUGUUGAAAUUAUGAGAAAAUUCUCAGAGCAAUAUGCCCGUAAGUCUGAGACAUACUUCUGCAUCGAUAAAGGAGUCACCUCUGUUGUUAUCAAGGGUCUUGCUGAUCAUAAAGAUAUGCUGGGAGCACCAUUGUGUCCAUGUAGGCAUUAUGAUGACAAAGCAGCUGAAGUAGCACAGGGAUUUUGGAAUUGCCCAUGUGUGCCUAUGCGAGAGAGGAAGGAGUGCCACUGUAUGCUUUUUCUCAACUCUGACAAUGAUUUUGCUGGAAAGGAGCAGUCCAUCACCUUGGAAGAGAUCAAAGAAGCAAUAUCACAAAUCUAACCACCAGUAAUCAGUUUUGUACUGUUUGUACCUGGUUGUUAUAUUUUUAGUCCUUGUAUUUCGAUCGUAUACUAAGUUCUUGCCGUGUUUCAAUUGUAGCAGUAUAGGCCUACAAAAUGUUCUCAAGGAUCUGUUGUUUGGAUUUGAUUAUGGUUGAAGCUUAGGCUUGAUUACCGUGUCCUUCCUGGUGACCGACAGAAUCCCUCUUGUAUCAUACGAAAUCUUUCAGGCCAAUCACCUGUGGCUCUGGUGAUAAGAAAUAUUUUUUUGUAUUUUAGACUGCCCACCUUUUUUAUCAAAUAUUUUGUCGGCGGAUGGAAUAGUUCAAUGCAUAUGGGGCAAAAAGAAGAAUUUUACUUUCUUAUUA